AGCCGCGCCGGCAGUGGCCCAAGCCACAGCUGAUUUCACAUCGCCUCCAUCCGAGUGAGGUGUCGCGCGCGUGUUCGUCACUCCGAGGUCGCAAAACGCCGGCAAUGUCACGAUCCAAACAGAACAAUUAAGUUUCAAUGAAAAAGUGAAUGGUGAUAAUUAUAUGUAUUUUUGGAGAUACAUUAUUAUUGAGCCCGAAGGAUAUUGGUCGUUAGUGAACGCAUUUGGCGAUAUCAAAUUUAUGCGGAAGAUAUCGAUGUGAGUGAGGUGCGAUGCGCAGCGACAUGGCGUACCGCGGGCUGUCGCGCCACGUGGAGUUGGACCGCGCGGCCGACCCCCGCGACCGCUUCACGCUGCAGGAGCUCAUAGGCGAGGGCACGUACGGCGAGGUCUACUGCGCCAAGGACACCAAGUCUGGCCGCCGGGUAGCCGUCAAGAUUUUGGAAAACAUUGCCGAAAAUAUUGAAGAAAUAGAAGAGGAAUUCCUCGUAUUCAGAGAUCUAUCGAGUCAUCAAAAUAUACCAGAAUUUUUCGGGUUGUUUCUUAAACGUGGUGUGAGCGCGGAAGAUGACCAAAUAUGGUUUGUUAUGGAGCUCUGUACCGGUGGUUCAGUCACUGAUCUGUGUGCGGGUAUGCGCUCACGAGGCAGUAACAUCACCGAACCUCAACUAGCUUACGUGCUCAGAGGGACCGUGCGCGCUCUGGCACAUUUACAUGCCCAUCGAUGUAUGCAUCGUGACGUAAAAGGUCACAAUAUACUACUUACUGAGAAUGCUGAAGUAAAGUUAGUAGAUUUUGGAGUAUCAUCACAUCUAGCCGCAACGGCUGCGAGAAGAAACACAUCUGUCGGUACUCCAUAUUGGAUGGCGCCAGAGGUGAUAGCUUGUGAACAGCAAUUGGAUCAAUCUUAUGAUUGUAGAUGCGAUGUAUGGUCAGUUGGAAUUACUGCUAUAGAAUUAGCUGAGGGGGAACCCCCACUUUCCGGGUUGCAUCCCAUGCGAGCCCUUUUUCAAAUUCCUAGGAACCCACCGCCAAGUUUAAGUCGACCAGAAUUAUUCUCAACGCAGCUCUCUGACUUUAUAUCAGAAUGUUUGAUAAAAGAUAUGAGCCAACGGCCGUUUGCAAGAGAACUUUUAGAGCACCCUUUAUUGCUUGCUGUAAACAGUUUCGAAGACAAGAUAAGAAAAGAACUUCAUGCGGAGAUAAAGCGGCAAAGAGCUGACGGAAGAAGUUUUCGGGCCACAGAAGCCACCACGAAGCGGGGAAAGUUAAAAUCACAUCGUAAAGCGCGACCGGAAAAGAUGUACACAGAUGACUUGGCGACGCUGGAAUCCUUGACGGAGGACGCAAUAGUAGAGCAGUUACAAAAGAGAUACAAUCAAAACCAAAUUUACACCUACAUCGGGGAUAUACUCGUAGCAGUAAAUCCUUUUACUGAUAUAGGAAUCUAUACACCUAAAACACAACAAAUGUAUCAAUGCCGGUGUCGCUCCGACAACCCGCCUCACAUUUACGCAGUUGCGGACGCAGCCCAUCAGGCUUUAAUGCAUCAAAAACAUCAUCAGGCCAUUGUUAUAUCCGGAGAGAGCGGCGCCGGCAAAACUGAGUCAGCAAACCUAUUACUCAAACAACUCGUAUUUUUAUCAAAGACUCAACAUGGAAAUUUAGAAGAAAAAAUAUUGCAAGUUAAUCCAAUAAUGGAAGCGUUUGGCAACGCGAGAACAGGAAUAAACGCUAAUAGUUCUAGAUUCGGCAAAUAUUUAGACUUGUCAAUGAUGAGAGUCGGACGAAUAUCGGGCGCUCGAAUAUCUGUUUAUCUAUUGGAACAGUCCAGAGUAGUUCAUCAAGCAAUAGGCGAAAGUAAUUUUCAUAUCUUCUAUUACUUAUACGAUGGUUUGGAGAGUGAAGGACGUUGGAGGAAGUUCUAUUUGGAUGAACAGCUGAAGGCACGACAUCGGUACUUGCAGCCGCUCUCCGCGGCUCAUCGUGAACACAAUGUUCAUAGAUGGCGGCAACUUAAUCAAGCUUUCAAGGUUGUGGGAUUCCAUGAAGAUGAAGUUAUUGUUUUGUACAAAAUGCUCUCCGCUAUUUUACAUUUGGGUGAUAUUGAAUUUGGUGAGAUGGCAGGUGAAGAUAACACAGACAACCGAGCUACUAUAAUUGAUACAGCCCCACUGCAUAGAGCUUCUUGUCUCUUGGGAGUUGAAACAGCAGAUCUAAGAGAAUGUCUGACCAGUAGUAGCAUGGUGACCAGGGGAGAGACGAUCGCCCGGCACAGCUCACCAGCGGAGGCUGCUGUUGCCAGGGACGCUACUGCACGGGGCUUGUAUGCCAGAACAUUUGACCGCAUAGUAGAAAGGAUUAAUGCUCUACUUUCUCAAAAUAAACCAAAUGGUGUAGAACAAUUAUCAAUAGGAAUUUUGGACAUAUUCGGUUUUGAAAACUUCCAAAACAAUUCAUUCGAACAGCUUUGUAUCAACAUUGCAAAUGAACAAAUUCAAUAUUACUUUAACCAACAUAUUUUCACGUGGGAGCAGCAAGAAUACAUGGCGGAAGGUAUACCUGUGGAUCUAGUAGAGUUCUCUGACAACAGACCGGUUUUGGAUAUGCUACUAUCAAGACCCAUGGGGUUGUUGGCUUUGCUGGACGAGGAGAGUCGUUUUCCAAGAUCUACUGAUAGAAGUCUUAUAGAAAAGUUUCACAACAAUAUCAAAAGCAAAUAUUACGUUCGGCCAAAGUCAGACGCCAUAUGUUUUGCCGUCCAUCAUUUUGCGGGCAGAGUAGUAUAUCAAGCGGACGGCUUCUUAGAGAAGAACAGAAACUUUUUGCCUCCCGAAGUUGUUCAACUGAUGAGACAGAGUCAACACGAUAUAAUAAGGUUCUUAUUCCAAUGCCCUAUUACAAAGACUGGCAACUUAUAUUCAGCUUUACAUCCGGAAUUAGAUUCGAGAAGUUUGGAAAGUACUAUGUCGGGUGAUAUGAGGUUUAAUAUAAAACAGGAUAGAUGCAACAGCCGAGGCCUGGCGUCGCAAUCUCGAGCGCAGCAGACAGUUUCGACUUACUUCCGUUAUUCUCUGAUGGAACUGCUACAGAAAAUGGUCAGUGGAAGUCCACAGUUUGUGAGAUGUCUUAAGCCAAACGACACUCGCUCACCAAAGCACUUCGAUUCAGCGAAAAUACUCAAGCAGCUUCGCUACACGGGAGUACUAGAGACAAUUAGGAUACGACAAAAUGGAUUUUCCCACCGACUUACAUUUGAAGAAUUUAUCAAACGAUACGGUUUCCUAGCUUUUGGUUAUGAUGAACAAGUUAAGCCAAAUCGUGACUCUUGCCGUCUUCUUUUGCUGAGGCUCAAAAUGGAUGGAUGGGCUCUCGGCAAAUCAAAGGUGUUUCUGAAGUAUUAUCACGUUGAAGUUCUAUCGAGGAUAUAUGAAGAGCAGAUUAGGAAAAUAAUCCUGGUGCAAGCGUGCGUGCGGACGUGGCUGGCAAGGCGGAAGUGCGAGCGGCUCCGCUUGCAGAUGUCCAUCUCUGUGCUGACACUGCAGCGCCACGUUCGGGGCUGGCUCACCCGCAAGCAUCUGCGCGAACGACAGCGACAAAUCGCCAGAGAGUUCAAGCGAGAACAGAUGGAACACGACGAUAACAACCGAAAACAGAAACCUGGUGUACCACAUAAGAACAAAGCUUUGGCUAAGCUUAUAAGAAAAAUGACAUCUCAAGCUAACGAUAGUCCAGACAACAAAUCGAGCAACAAAGAGAACAUAGACAACAAUGAGGCUGCCGUGGUUAUACAGAGUCAUUUCCGUGGGUAUACAGCUCGGCGUAAAUGGGCGAAGGGUCGCGCGCCUCCGCCGCCCGCGCACUCUCCGCCUCCCGCGCCUCAGAACAUAAUGCAGAAGUUCUCCGUACAAGAGCGUGCCGCGCAGCUGCAAACAUUCGCUGAUCAGGCGCAUUUUAGAAACCAAGAUAUUCACAAGAAUCUCAGACGUAACAAGCCUGGCAUUCGCUUGAUAAAUAUAGAGCGUCCACCCGAUGAGUAUCGUGCCCCGCCUGGCUUCAGCCUUAUACCUGCCAUUGUAAAAGGAAAUCUCACACAAGUUGAACGAGAUGCCAGUAGACUGUCCAGUCCAUCACCGGAAUUUUUUGAAAGUUCAACUAAACCGUGGGACGUACCGUUGCGAUCAAAUAAAUACAAUGUAGAAUCCAGGUAUCCGAGGUAUCAACAAAAUGGGCACGAUAAAAUUUACAAUGAAGAAAAUCGUCUGCAACCGAAUCAAAAUUGGCAAAAUCUACCUUGCAAUAGACAGUGUGGAGGUCUAGUCAGCAAUAAAAUAAAUGAGCUUGUUAAGCAAACACAGAAAGCGGAUUCACCUCCGAGGAUCACGUACCAGCUCGCGCGCGAUCCUGAGUCGAGUCUGCGCAAGAUUCUCAGAAAUUCGCCGGAAAUUCUCGCCACGCCGGUGUUCAAUUCCGAUGAUGAUUACACGGAGGGUCCGUUCCGUUUCAAGCAGCUUCUUCGGCCGACGCUAGGGCCUACCGAGAGCCUCCGCAAGCGGAAAGUACGCAACACAUCUGGGAAGAGCCCUUGGAUGUCUGACAGUUCCCAGGAUAGUUCUGGGUCAAACCAAGCGCUUUAUAACAAACGUCGACCACAAAUCAGUAUGGGAGUUUAUUACAAUUAAACUCAAAUGCAUGUCAGGGACUUAAUAUGUGUAUACACUUUUCUACAUAAAGAUUUACCCCAGUUGGUCGUACCCUCAAUAAGUAAUGUAUAAGUGUUUUCAGAUAUCUUGGCGGCUUUAACAUCGCCCGAGUCGUUGCGCAGACUCUCAAUAUAUUUGAAAAAACUAAUACCUACGUUUCUAUGCAACUAUCAAAUCAGCAUUUAAAUUAUGCCAAUUUAUUCCUCGAACAUUGUGUGCUUUCGUGUGUAUGUUUCAAAAUUAUGAAGUUAUCUCAUACAAAAGUAAGGAAGGUGGACUUAAAUAUAUACGUUUAAUAAAAUUUAUACUACCACCUAGAGCUGAGUUAACAUUGUUCAUAUCUUACCAUAUUAUUAACAACCAAAGUUUUAAUUAAGUAUAAUUAAUUAGUAAUCAAAUUGUUUUGUCUCGCUUCCCAAAAAUAACUUUAGUAAUUAUAUUAAAUUUUACAUAGACUUGAAGUUAAGUUUAAAAUUUAAUUAAAAGCGUGA